AUGUUGAGCAUGGAGGAACGGAAAGUCCCUGUUAAUUUUACCCACAAGUCCUUCAGCAUCAGAAAUGUACUGUUCCGACAAGGGGAAAUUAUGAAUCACGGCGGUGCUACGCCGGACACAGUCUGUUCCCGAGGGAUAAAGUCCCUGUCCUGUUCACACAAUGACCAGCUAAUCAAAGUGGGACAUACUCCGGAUAUCAAGUAUGUAUAUGUAGACGAAAAAUGCGAUAAACUCAAAUGGCCAUUUGCAAAAAAAGAGAGCAUUCCAAGAGUUUCGGAAUGUGGCGAGAACAUAAAAGAAUCCGGAGAAGUUGAACUAUCUGAGGUAGGAGCUGUGAAGGAAAAGACGAAGCCCAAUAAGCCGCUUUUCAGUUAUAAUGCUCUGAUUAUGAUGGCUAUACGUCAAAGUCCAGAGGGUCGACUCACACUCAACGGUAUCUACGAGUUUAUUAUGGGAAACUUUCCAUACUAUCGGGAAAAUAGACGGGGUUGGCAAAAUUCCAUCCGACACAACCUAAGCCUUAACAAGUGUUUCGUCAAGGUACCGCGCCGUUAUGAUGAACCCGGGAAAGGCAACUACUGGAUGCUCGGCCCUUCCAGUGACGAUGUGUUUAUAGGUGGCACCACGGGCAAGCUCAGGCGACGCUCAACAGUUGCCUCGCGUGCGAAAUUAGCAAUGAAAAGAGAUGCGCGGCUGACCACCACGGCAAGAGGACUAGCGCUUGCGGGCUCAUUUUAUUGGCCAGUACAAUCAUUUCUGGACCUCCAACAUCCUGCUCGCCCAUGUACAGGCUCUACAUCUUAUCCGAGCUCUCAUCACAAUUAUCAAACAUCGGUCUUCUCACGGAGUAUGUAUCACUGUAUGAGUAUAGAAAAAUUUGCUCCCCCCACGCGCGAAUCUCCUUACUGUGCCGUGGGUAGCGAGCACUGUCGUCACCACCAGACGACUUCUACUGCUUCGUUUGCGUCUUCUUCUGUGUCUUCUGCUUUGUCUCUUCCUGGUGCAUACGCUUUCAACUUAAUGUCUGGUCAAACAAAUUACUUUUACUCUCAUCAGGUACCUCAUACAUCGGGAUAUUCCGCUUGGACACAAGAAGAUACCCCUCUCUCUAAAAAAUAUCCUAGAAACAUAUUCCCUGGAAAGAACGCUCUCUCAGAGUACACGGGAGGACUAUGCGCAGAUUUUCCUACGUAUUAUCCUAAUAAAACGAAUUCGAUGCAUUAA